AUGUCUGGUGCAGCUGAUCGCGAGCCAGUCUUCCCGACUCGGCAGUCGCUGGGUAUCAUGAAGGCGAAGCUCAAGGGAGCUGAGACUGGUCACAGUCUGCUGAAGAGGAAGAGUGAGGCUCUUACGAAACGUUUCCGAGAAAUUACGAGAAGAAUAGAUGAAGCCAAGCGCAAGAUGGGGCGCGUCAUGCAGAUUGCCGCCUUUUCCCUGGCCGAAGUGACAUACGCCGUCGGAGGCGACAUUGGGUACCAGGUGCAGGAGUCGGCCAAGUCGGCCCGGUUCCGCCUUCGAACGCGCCAGGACAAUGUGUCUGGUGUCUUGCUGCCCGCCUUCGAGAGCUACCUAACGGAGGGAAAUAACGACUUUGGCCUGACUGGUCUUGGCAAGGGAGGUCAGCAAGUGCAGCGGAGCCGCGAAACAUAUGCUCGGGCAGUGGAAGCUCUCGUCGAGCUCGCCAGCUUGCAGACGGCCUUUGUCAUUCUCGACGAGGUCAUCAAAGUCGUCAACAGACGAGUCAAUGCUAUCGAGCAUGUCAUUAUACCCCGCACAGAGAAUACCAUCAAAUACAUCAAUUCGGAGUUGGAUGAGGUUGACCGUGAGGAGUUUUACAGACUGAAGAAGGUUGCCAACAAGAAACAACGAGAUACUGCCGCGGCCGAUGCAGAGAUGAAGGUGAAGCGCCUAGCGCAAGCCAAGGCUGAAGGGGAUAACUCGGCGAACAAGGCUGCCGCGGAUCAGCCUACAGAUAUUCUGGCAGCCGGAGAGGACGAAGAUGUCAUCUUUUGA